CCGGCCGUUCCACCCUAACAGAGGCAGGCGUCGCAGCGCGCUCCCGACUCCCGAGCGAGUAGCGACGACGGCGCCUGCGUCUUCCGUGGCGGCGCCCCUACCCCUCGAACCCGUCCGGCCGACCUCGCCUCCUCGGCUAGCUACCUAGCCGCCGUGCCCACCAGCGUCCACUGGUCAGCAGGCGCCCAGCCCUCAGCCGGCCAGGCGGUAGGCUCCUAGCCCCCAAGCGACCGCAGUGCCCCCUGCAGGCUGCGGCCUAGCCCUUGCCCGGUUGCCCCCUGCUGCUGCACAGUGAGCCAGACAGUGAGCAAGCUUUGUUUCUUUCCAUUCAGUAGCGUGGAGAUCAAACUAGCCAAGGGCAGCCCAAAUUUGGGGAUUUUUCAAGUGAAUCCCCCUGUAUAGAGAUAGUUCGAAGAUGAUGAACCAGCACAGAGAGGAGGAUGCCUUGAGAGGUCAAGCAGUCAAAAACCAGAAGGCGAUAUGGGACAAGACCCUGGAAAUGAGAUUCUUGCUGCAGAAGGGAUUUUCCACUUCCAACAAGUUGCCCCAGGAACCCAUCAGAACAAGGUUUUGCAAUCAUGAUAAGCAGAUAGAGCAAGCCUAUGAUGAUCUGUUGAAUUCAUCAAAGCAGACUUUGAGCAGCAUGAUGGAGCUGCAGGAGGCUUUGCUCGAGAGUAAUCAGGCUACAAAGGGUGCCAAUGAAAUUCCUUCUGCCGCAAAUGGAGACAAUGACGAGUGGUCAGAAGUACAGAGAUUGCAGACAAGGAUAACAACAUUCAGAAAUACUGAGAUAGAUAAAUGGCAGAGGAAAAUACAGGUGACAACAGGUGCUGCUGCACUUAAAGGAAAGCUACAUGCAUUUAAUCAGAACAUUAGUGACCAAGUUGCUGGUUACAUGAGAGAUCCAAGCCGGAUGAUUAACAGGAUGUACUUGUCCAACUCUGCUGUUAGUGUAUUUGGAAAGGAUGUGGGAGAACCCAGAACAGCUGAGGAGGGGCACAUUAUGGAAGGUGAUCCUGAACUUAUUGACGAUUCUGAGUUUUAUCAACAACUUCUCAAGGAGUUUCUUGAGUCAUGUGAUAGAGGGGCCUCAGAGUCGGCACUUUAUGCCCUAAAAAAGCAGCAGGUUAAAAAGAGAAAGCUUGUUGAUCGUCGUGCUUCAAAGAGCAGAAAGAUACGGUAUCAUGUCCAUGAGAAGAUUACUAAUUUCAUGGCCCCAGAGCCCAUGGUUGUUCCUCCAAUGGCCCCGAAGUUGUUUGAGAAUUUAUUUGGCAAUGGCAACUAGAAUCAACUUAAGCUUGGAUUCAAAUGUCACAUUACUUGGUGCAGCUUUUUUGUACUUUUAUAAAUUGCAGUAGGUAUGAUGUCACUAGACUUGGGACUGAGUUGAAAGUUUUGAUGGCCUCGUCAGUUUUGUGCGUAGAGUAAAACAGAAAUUAUACUUCGAUUUGGGCUUGAUGA